AUGGCCUCCCUUACAGCAUCCCUCCUCGCCUCCUCCCCCGAAGCCUUCACCGCAGCCACGACAGGCCCGUUCCUCACCUCCGCCGCCGCCGGCACAACACCCCGCGAGACCCUCGGCCUCUGGCUCGCCAACGACCGCCUCUACAUCCACGCCUACAUCCGCGCGACGGGCAAGCUUCUCGCCUUCCUGCCGCUCCCCGCCCUCCCGGGCCCCACCCCGGGCACCGUCUCCUCGGCCCCGCCCACGGACCCGGAGACCAAGCUCCUCGACUGGCUCGUCGCCGCCCUCGCCAACGUGCGCCGCGAGGAGGCCUUCUUCCUGGCGACGGCCGAGCGCUUCGCCCUGCCCCUCGCCCUGCCCCUCGACCCGGCCACCGGCACCGUCCCGCCGCCGCCAGGCCAAGCUAUCGGGCCCUGA